AUGAGCACAGAGGACACCGGCAACGGGACCUCUCCCACCCCGCCUCUCCUUGGGCUUCUGCUUUCAACCACCGAGCUCGUCCCACCCAGCCCCACAUCCCUCAGGAUGGCAGAGCCACUGCCCAUCAUCGCCGCCCUCAUUUGCAUCUUCCUCCUCCUGGCGACCUUCCUCAUCUUUGUCGCCCUCUGCAAGCCGGCAGCACUGGACCGCUCCCGUGAGUGCAUGCCCCACCACCCAACAGAUGCCAGCGAGCCCCAGCUGAGGCUCUGGAAGCGACUGGGCUCCCUGCGCCGCUCCAUCAACACCUUCAGGAGAAGCCGGCCCGUGUGCCAGAACCAGCUCAUCCUCCCCAGGAGCUCCCCCCCCAGCCAGGACAUCACAGAGUCCACCAAAAUGUGA